AUGAAAUUGCUUGGUCAUAAGAGGCGCCGGAUCACCGUGUCGCUGACCCCAUCCGGCCGCGAAAAUGUUAAUCCCAACACACGGGUUCAUGAGUCCCUCCAACAGGAUAUCGGCCACCUCCAAAAAUUCCCCCUCACUGUUGCUACACGCCAAGGUUCCUCACCAUGGAACGUCGACACGUCCCGUGACAAACACCUUCGUCAUGUAACACCUACGACUCUGCUUGGCCAUUCGCAUUUCUCCUCGUCUUCAUCUUUUCAUAUGGCUCGGACUAGCGAUGACCAACUAGAAGCUUUCACUGCAUCUUCCAUUGAACCAGAUGUUUGGUCUAUCGGGCAACCCACCCAAAGUUGUGUUUUCUGUGGGGCAAAAAUGUGGGUUCACGAGCGCCUUGCGAAAGGUGGAGCCAAUAACACUAUAUUAUUUUCUAUUUGUUGUAUGAGUGGAAAGGUCACUCUCCCUUUGUUGCCGGUUCCACCACCAUUGUUGUGGGUGUUGUUGAAUGGUGAUGAUCAACGAGCUUUGCAUUACCAGAAACAUAUCAGGGCCUUUAAUGGUAUGUUUUCGUUCACAUCUAUGGCUGGAAAGAUUCAUUUGUUGCCACAGCAGUCCAGCAAGCCCAAGUUUGCUCAGCUCUACUUUUAUGAUACAAAAAAUGAAGUCCAGAAUCGGAUUAAUACAAUUGGCGUGUCUAAUCAAGACCCAGCUAUUGAUCAUACCAUUGUUGCGGAUCUAACCAGCGUGCUUGACUUCAACAACUCUCUUGCUAAGUGCUUCCGAUAUGCUAGGCAAAGGUUCACUGAAGAUUCAACGACUCCGCUGCAGCUUCGUCUUAUCAAGAAGAGGAAUACCGAUGGUAGAAGAUACAAUCUGCCAUCAGCGUCUGAAGUUGCUGCUCUUAUUGUAGGUGAUUUUGAUGCCGACAACCUUUCUAGGGAUGUUGUCAUUCAGACACAUUCGAACCUUCUUAAACGGAUUGAUGUUAAUCAUCCGCAGUAUCUUGCACUACAAUACCCCUUGCUUUUUCCGUACGGAGAAGAUGGUUUUCGGAGUGAUAUCUUAAUAUCUGAUGAAAGAUCUAAGCAGCAGUUACAUAAGCGAGAAUCAAUUAGCAUGAGGGAGUUCUUGUCUUUUCGUAUCCAAAUGAGAUCGAAUGAGUCGCAAGUGCUUCUCAAAUCAAGACGUUUGUUCCAACAAUUCUUGGUUGAUAGUUACACUAUGGUCGAAGCGGAAAGAUUACAGUAUCACAGGUUCCACCAGAGCAAGUUUCAUUCCCAUCAACUGCAAGGCCUUCACGAGUGUCUAAUACAGGGUGAAACACAAGCUGCAAGAACUGGAAAACGAGUUAUCUUGCCAUCUUCAUUUGUUGGUGGUCCCCAAUACAUGUACAACAAUUGCAAAGAUGCAUUUGCUAUUGGCAGGUAUGUCGGAUACCCUAGCUAUUUCAUUACCAUCACAUGUAACCCAGAAUGGACCAAUAUUAAAGAUUGCAUUGCGGCAUAUUCAUUAAAGCCAAGUGAUAGGCCAGAUAUCAUAUCAAGGGUUUUCAAGAUCAAGUUAGAUGUGUUGCUCAAAGACUUAAAGGAUGGGUCCAUAUUCGGAAAGCCUAAAGGAAUUGAAUUCCAAAAGCGUGGUCUGCCCCAUUGUCAUAUUUUAUUGUUUGUUCAACCAGCCAAGAAGCCUCGAUCAUCUGUGGAUAUUGACCAUCAUAUAUCGGCUGAGAUCCCCGACGAACACACACAACCUAAGCUGUAUAAACGGUCGGAUAAUGGUCGUUCAACAACCAAGAGGAAUGUUAAUCUCGACAAUAGGUUUGUUGUCCCAUACAAUGCAACAUGGCUCCUUAAGUAUGGCUGCCACAUAAAUGUUGAGUAUACUUGCCAGACGUCUGCAAUUAAGUAUUUGUUCAAGUAUGUCCACAAAGGUAAUGAUCGUGUCACAGCUUCGUUCUUUCGCUCACAUGAUUCAGCUGGUUCUGAUGUCACUGUUGAUGAAAUACAGAACUACUAUGAUUGUCGGUAUAUAUCUGCAUGUGAGGCAUCCUGGCGGCUAUUCGGCUUUGAGAUUCAGUACAAAGAGCCUAACGUCAUCCGCCUACCUUUCCAUCUUCCAAAUGAACAAAAUGUUCUGUACGAAGAUUACCAGCUUAUUGAGAAUGUUAUCGACGCUGCGGUCUCAAAGGACAGUAUGUUUAUUGGUUGGUUUAAGGCUAACAAGAAUUUUGAUCUGGCCCGUACGCUUACUUACGCGGAGAUGCCAUCACUUUUUGUUUGGGACAAGCGGGGGUAUAUGUGGAGGCCACGGAAGCAAGGGAACGUGAUAGGUCGACUCACACAUAUUCCUCACUCGCAUGGAGAGGAGUACUUCCUUCGUUUGUUAUUGAAUUAUCAAAAAGGGUGCCAGACAUUUGCUGAUGUCCAUUCGGUUGGUGGAAUUGUGUACGAUACAUUCAAAGAGGCCUGUUAUGCCCUAGGGUUAUUGCAGGAUGAUAGGGAAUUUAUUGAUGCACUUAAUGAAGCCAGUGCGUGGGCAUCGCCGAAUUAUUUCAGGAGGUUGUUUGCAAUGCUUUUGAUGUCGAACAACAUUGUGCGUCCUGACAUGGUGUGGGAGAAAUGUUGGCAACAUUGCGUGGACAACUCGCUUCUUUCUGGAAGACAUAACUUAGGUUUCCAGUGUUCUGUUCGUGAGAUUAAGUCCAUCACGCUUGCCGAAAUUGAGAAACUGUUGCAGCCAAAUGGUCGGAGCCUGAAUGAAUUUCCUGACAUGCCGUUUCCUGAUUAUGCUGGUUUACCUGAACCUUCUGACUCAAUUUUUUUUGACGAGCUUAAUUUCGACAGGACAGAAUUGGCGAGUAUCGCCGUGGAUUUGAUUUCCCGGUUGAAUCGGGACCAGCGUGUAGCGUUUGACACAAUAGCAACUGCAGUUCAUCAUGACACUGGUGGUUUCUUCUUUGUCUGUGGUUAUGGUGGAACUGGUAAGACCUUUCUAUGGAAUGCACUGUCUGCUUCGAUAAGGUCUAAGGGUGAUAUUGUCCUCAAUGUUGCAUCUAGUGGCAUUGCAGCUCUGUUGUUGCCUAAUGGACAAACUGCUCAUUCACGCUUUAAGGUUCCGCUUAGUGUUAACCAGGACUCUAUUUGUAAUAUCAGGCAAGGCACACCCCUCGCGCGUCUUAUUUCAUCUGCAAAAUUAGUUAUAUGGGAUGAAGCACCUAUGUUAAAUAAAUUUUGCUUCGAAGCGCUGGACAAAUGCCUUAAGGAUGUUCUUCGAUUUGAUCGUGGAUAUAAUCCUCAUGCUCCAUUUGGUGGAAAAAUUGUUGUUCUAGGAGGUGAUUUCCAUCAAAUUUUGCCUGUGAUUCCUCGUGGUUCCCGGGAAGAGAUCUUUCAUUCGUGUAUUAAUGCUUCAAACCUGUGGCAAUCUUGCCAAGUGUUGCAGUUAACUGAAAACAUGAGACUUUCCCGUGGUUCACGAGAUAUACACGGUGUAUAA